GGCCACGCUGCUGGCUUCGAGCACCACCGACGACGCUGAGCCGGCGAUGCCGGGUCAGGACGAGGCCGCCGGGCUGGCUCGUGGCUCGAGUGAAGGCAUCUCCAUGGGCAUUCCCGAACACCCUGGCGAUCGCUGGAUCUCUCCUCUGCUGUCCUGCGGCAACCAGUCUCCCAAAUGGCAGCAUCAAUCAGCCAAGGACAGCUCGUCCCGGCGGCAUCCUCUGGCUCCACAGCCUAAUUCUCGGGACCUGCGCUCGCAUCUCUCCAGCGACCUGUCCGGAGAGCGCAUCGACUACCUGACCUUUGACCUGGAGCCUCUGGAUCUGCACCAGACCUGGCGGGCCGUGGCCAGACACAAGACCCUGUUGCCGGAUGGCCCGCGGCUGGAGAAUGUGGCCUGGAGAAGGUUCUUCCAGUCCCACUAUCAUCUGAGAAAGGCCGACCAGGCGGCGAUAUGGGAUCGUUCAUCCAAAGAUCAGCCCCUCUACGAACCUACGUCCGACACAGUCACAGGCAAUCCCCAGCAGCAAUCUGCGAUUGCAGACCGCUCCGGCCCAAAGCCCGAUCGAGAUGAAUGCAAGGGCAGGCGCGUAAAUCGACCCCGGCCGAUCUUGAAGUCGUCGACGGGCGACGACUUUAUGAGCCAGCUGCGAGAGCUGUAUCUGAUCAAGACAAACCAGAUCCACGACGCCGACAGCGACCAUCGGGUGCAGAUCCUCUCCGACCACCUGUCGCUCUCGCUCAAGACUGCCAAGGACACAUCCGGUGUCUUGAACGGAGCGCUUUCGGACUCGGAGGCCAUCGCCGGCGGUCUUCGCGGCGAACCAGACGAUGGAGACAGGCCCGAGGUGCCCGGCCGAAGAAAGCAUCGUGUUCGAUGGAAUCCGAUCGUCCAGAAAGUCACCCUGCUCGAGGCAAAUACUGUCCGUGCCGGCAACUCGGUCUCGCCAGCAGAAUGCGAGGAUGGAGACCUGCCGAUACCCGGAACACACCUCCAGCAAAGUAUGUUUGUUCAAGAGAUGUUUCUAAAGGCCCCACAUGUCUCACACGGAGCCGGCAGCGACGGCAGCAAGAGCCCGGACUGCGAGGAGGACCCAUACCAAAGGGACUCGGGCGAGCCUCACGCUCGCAAGAUCCAUGCUCGCGGCUCGUCGCUGGACGAUACGCAAGAGAGCCCUCCAGGCCAGCAAAGCGACGGGACAUCUGGGCCAGCUUUCGGUGGGUCCAGUCGGCACUGGUUGCCGGCGUUUGGCGGUCCAGCCGGACGAGGAGGCCCUUGUCGGGACCACUCCGGCUCGGCGAUCGAUUCGAGGGACCUCUUGAGCUUUCUCGAUAUCGAAGAAGGCGAGCCGCUGGAGCAGAUGCAACGUGUGCGACACCGGACCAAAUGGAAGUAUGUCGGGUCGUAUCACCAGCAGCUGGUCCACGAAUCGUCGGCCGAGUCCCUGGACGAGUAUGCCGAGGGGCUCGACAUUGGUCUGGCAAACAGGAUGCUGCCGUGGUUGACAUUUAUGUUCAAGCUUUCGAGCGUGCUCUUUAUCGUUGCGUACUUUGUGGUGCGGAUGUGGACUGCGACGGCGAGGAGGAUCCUGGAGUGGAUACGACGCUGGCUGCGAACGCUUGUAUCGGCCGUGACAGGCCCCUGGAUCGCUGAGCGGGCCAUAGCUUCGCCGAUGCCGUCUCCAACCCACAAGCACGCACCCGAAGCCAGCCAAGACGAUAGCACCGGUCCGCACGAAGAACCGGGCCGCAGGACAGACGGGCUCCGACUGAGAACGGCGACGGUCUCGGUCGAGGAACUGGACCUUGCCGACUGGUCGCCGGAGGCAGCGCCUGAGAUACACGAAGGCCCGGACGGAGUGGUCGAUCGCAUCAUGGGACUGUAUGACGGCAUGCGCGAUGUGUGGAAGUGGGGGCGGUCGCUGGCCCGAGGGGCGUGUCCGAUAUGACCGGCAAGGCUCUGUGAAUACAGGGGGGACUCGGGCAGGCCGACCGGGUAUCAGACUGGUGUCGGGCUUGGCACACCGACUGACGC